CAGAAGAAGUUCUACUUGAAAUUUCUACUAUUGAAAUCAUAGUCACCAUGUUUGCCAAAAUAAGUGCCAUUAUCCUGCUAUUUGCCUGCUUUGUUGGUUUCAGUCAGGCUUUAACUUGCUACAAGUGUAGCAGUGCCAAUGUUGGUGGUGCAUUGAUUAGCCUGUCAAGCAAUGGGUCAUCAGAUGGCAACACUUGCAAAGAUCCCUUCGUGGCUGGAACAAACUUCACAACAGAAACUUGCACCGGUUAUUGCGUGAAAACCAUAGGAGGUGCCUUUGGCUUGGAGGCUUUUGAACGAAGCUGCAAAUCCUCGUGUGUGGCUGCAGACUCCGAUUUCUUCGGUAUCCGAGCCUACACAGGAUGCUGCCAGACGGAUUACUGUAACAGUGCUACAUUUAUGUCCGGCAGUGUCGCCCUCAUCCUCAGCUUGGCUGCUUUGGUGCAGUGGUUCCAGAACUAAAAAGUAUCGGGCAUUUUUGUGCGACGUUUUAGAACUUUCACAAUACCGGUACUCAUUUUAACUCUUUCCCUGCCAAACUCUUUCUAGAACGUUCGCAACUUCCCAACCAUUUCCUGCCAAACUCGUUCCAGAACGAAAUGGUUUGUUCUCCGUCAUAACACCAGAUGUCAUCUCGGUACUGUACCAGGAAAUGGUUUGGUUGAGGCUUCCUUGCAGACAAUCGUCUGCUCAUUCUACACAUGCAUUUUGUGACUUCAUCAAGUGAAAAUGGCGGGAAAAACCGCAUAAAACAUGCAAAGUACCCCUCUGCAAUGGUGAUUGUUUCAAUGACUACCAUGGAAAAAAGCAGUACAACUGAUAUGUAGGCGAAAGAGAAAGCUGAGACAAAGAAAAUAAAACAGGUUUCAAGGAUAUAUGUCUUCUUGGUAUUUUUCUAAAAAUUAUUGAAAAUCUGGUGAAAAUAGUGAAAACUGGGGAUAUUAAUUAAAAGUAGCUGUGGCAGGGAAAGAGUUAAUAAGGUCUAUCAUUAGUUGUAAAAUCACUUGUUGCAAAAUUCAGGGAAAUGGCUUUGAGAAACAAAUUGUCUCAUAGAGUUACUCAACCACUUUCUUGAUAACAUAGAGUGACUCAACCACUCUCUUGAUUACAUUACAGAGAGUGGCCCGGAACUGGCCAAUAGUGGUUACACACUGGCCACUUGGCGGGAGCUUAUACGUAGGGACAACGUAUAUAACAGAAGUUGGUCGUCGAUUUUUCAAACAUGGAAUAUUUUAUUGAAUUAAAUCUGCUUGUCCAUACUAACAAUCAAAUUUGUGUAAUUUAUGACUGACACAGACAACUCGUAUGAAAAACCAACUGUUAGACAUUUUUUGGCGUCAUUAAAACUUUAAAACUUAAUCCUAGCCGAAGAUCCUGCUUUUCCAAACUUCUGGUCUAGGAUUACAAAAAAAAAUUAAAUCAUUUAGAAUUAGGCCCCCGGCAGCAGCCGCCUCAGCACAUGGGGCCUAAUGGUAUUAGGCUAAUUGUCUCAAAAGUUUUGCAAUAACAAACUCGUGGAGCUAAUGUGCAUUUUGCAACGUGGCAUAUGAGUGUAUUAUUUUUCGAAGAGUUUGUAAUUAUAACUUGCAAUAUUUGUAUCUAUCUGAUUUAUAUCAUGUGUUUUUCAAUAAAAUUG